GAGCUUACAAAAGAAAGGCGCCAGAUAAAAAGAGCCAAAAAGUAGAACUCCCUAUCUACACACAAAAUGUAUGUAAAAAAGACUUAAAACAAAAAAUCUAUUUUCUUAGAGUGCAAAUUCUACCUCAUUCAUCCUUUUUCUUUGCUGAUUCAUAUCAAAUCAGAAUAAACCUGCACACCUCAAACAAACAGAUGCAUGUUGAGCCAAACCCAAAUCGCACUCCAAGUCGACACCAAAACUUAUUCUCUGGCUGCACCUUUUGCUCUCUGCUCUUGUUUUGUUGUCUGUUCAAAAUUUUCCGGAUGCCUUUUUCUGAUCUAUGCUCGUGACUUUUCCAUACACAAUGCUCACCAAGUGUUUGAUCCUCUGCCCCUAACGAAAAACUGAAGCCUCUUCCCUACCAUCUCCCCUCACAUCCCUAAAUGACCAUAACCAAUACAUUCUUUUGGAUUUAAAAUCCAAUUAGACAGAGAAUAAUAGAAAUCACCAGCAGCCUUGUUUCAUUCCCAUGUCAUUUCAAGACUUGUCUUUUCUGAGAGUUAGUAUCAAAGCAUUACGAGACCUCCAUAUCACUGCAUACCACACUAAACGCCAACACCACCUCUUCUGAAUAUGUUGUUGAUCAUAUGAAAUACUAGUAGUGACAGUUAGACACCCCGAAACCAAUGACAGGAACAUAUUCACGCAUAAGCUGCAUGACUCAGCACCUUUGUUCCAUGUUGGAACUGAAACAAGUUCAAGCCAUUAUCACCAAAGCAGGCCUUCACUCUCACCUUCCCUUCACUGCCAAGUUAAUCUUCUUUUCUGCACUUUCUCCUAUGGGAAACCUCUCCCAUGCUCAUUCCCUCUUCCUACAAACUUCCAUGCACAACUCCUUCAUUUGCAACACUAUGAUUCGAGCCUUUGCCAACUCUUCCUACCCUCUUCAAGCUCUAUACAUCUACAACCACAUGCACACCACCAAUGUUGUCUCCGACCAUUUCACCUACAACUUUGUGCUCAAGGCAUGCUCCAGAGCACACAAGUUUGCCCAAGAAUUUGUCAAAUGUGAUGAGUUUAUUAUUAUUUCGAAAGGGGGUGAAGUUCACUGCACUGUUCUUAAACUCGGGUUGGACCAAGACCCCUCUAUUCAGAACUCGUUGCUCUGUAUGUACUCUCAAUGUGGGUUGGUCCAUGUUGCACAACACUUGUUUGAUGAAAUCAGCAAUAGGAGUUUGGUUUCUUGGAAUAUCAUGAUAUCGGCAUAUGAUCGUGUCAACGAUUCUAAAUCGGCUGAUUACCUUCUUGAAUCGAUGCCACACAAGAAUGUUGUUUCAUGGAACACUGUGAUAGGAAGGUACAUCAGGUUAGGUGAUAUUGAGGGUGCAAGAAGGGUGUUCCAAAUUAUGCCUCAGAGGGAUGCUGUGUCAUGGAAUUCUCUGAUUGCUGGUUGUGUCUCUGUUAAGGAUUAUGAAGGAGCAAUGGGACUGUUUUCAGAGAUGCAAAAUGCUGAAGUAAGACCGACAGAAGUAACACUUAUUUCAGUUCUGGGUGCCUGUGCAGAAACUGGUGCACUGGAAAUGGGUAGCAAAAUACACGAGUCUCUGAAAGUAUGUGGGCAUAAGAUUGAAGGGUAUUUAGGAAACGCCCUUCUGAAUAUGUAUUCUAAAUGUGGGAAGUUGAAUUCAGCUUGGGAGGUAUUUAAUGGGAUGAGGAUAAAAACUUUGAGUUGUUGGAAUGCUAUGAUUGUUGGUUUGGCUGUCCAUGGUUACUGUGAGGAAGCUUUGCAAUUGUUUUCAGAGAUGGAAAGUGGGCUUGAUACAGUUAGGCCGAAUCGAGUGACAUUCCUUGGUGUUUUGAUUGCUUGUAGUCAUAAGGGUUUGGUAGAUAAAGCAAGAUGGAAUUUUGAUCAUAUGGCAAAGCAGUACAAAAUUCUGCCUGAUAUCAAGCAUUAUGGUUGCAUAGUUGAUCUUUUAAGCAGAUUUGGAUUGUUGGAAGAGGCGCAUCAGAUGAUUAAGACUGCUCCUUUACAAAAUAGUGCCAUUUUAUGGAGAACAUUGCUGGGUGCUUGUAGGACACAAGGCAACGUGGAGUUGGCUAAGGUGUCUUUCCAACAACUUGCCAAAUUGGGACGCCUAACAGAUGGAGAUUAUGUGUUGUUAUCAAACAUUUAUGCUGAAGCUGAGAGAUGGGAUGAGGUAGAGCGAGUAAGGAGUGAAAUGAUUGGCUUGCAUGUUCCUAAACAAGUUGCGUACAGCCAAAUCGAUAUGACUGAAUCUGAUAAGCUUCCCUAAAUAAACCAUUGGUCUCUUUUUUAAACUCGAUAUUUUUCUCCAUAGCGUGCACAAACUCAAACGUUAGAAGCAUUUUUCAAUUUUUAAACUGCAUACUAAGUAUGUCAACCAUGUUCCCGUGUUAAGUGAAUAUUCUUUAGUUAGGCUAAACAAUCGGUUGACAUGACGACAAUGAAUGCCACAACUGUUAACUGAAGCAACCCAGCAAGUGCGCCAGUGUUUUGCGGUGCAUGCAACCACCACAUUGGCCUCUAAGGCCAAAUGCGCAUCCACCAUAUGGCUUCUUCGCAGAGGAUUGCGUUGUGUUGGUUGGUUAGUUAAAAUUUGGUGUAAACUGAUUCUUUUGAGUCAUUAGAUUUACCAAGUUCGAUGGUUAAGUUUUUGGUCUUACAUAUGAUGUAAAGAGAUCAUAUCCCAAAAAUAAUAUAUCAGUAUUAUUGUAGUCACUUA